AUGCGAUCCUCUCGCACACCUGGGAGGGAGCAGGAAGGUGGUCUCGAUGAUCUGAAAGAUCUAGACAAUGCAGUAGACGUCGACACACAACGCAAGGAAGGAUAUCGGAAGAUUCGCUUCUGCGCGCAACAGGCUAAACGGGAUGGUCUAGUCUACUUCUGGGUCGACACCUGCUGCAUCAACAAGGCAAACAACACGGAACUGUCAAAAGCCAUUAACUCUAUGUUCCGAUGGUACCAGAAUGCUAAAAGGUGUUAUGUCUUCCUUUCAGACGUCGCGAACGACACCUCAAAAAGUGGUAGUAAGUCGGCGUUCAAGCAGAGCAGGUGGUUUAAGCGGGGCUGGACGCUUCAGGAGCUUCUUGCUCCUUACUCUGUUGAGUUCUUCUCUAAAGAGGGAGAGCGGCUAGGGGACAAGGGGUCGCUUCAGCACCCUAUACACGAGGUUACAGGCAUACCUAUCGAAGCUCUGUCAGGGAGCGACUUAUCCGAGUUCGACGUUGCUAAGCGUUUCUCUUGGGCAGCGAAUCGACAGACAACAGAGGAAGAAGAUAGAGCGUAUUGUCUUUUCGGCAUAUUCGGCGUCCACCUACCGCUGAUCUAUGGCGAAGGCAAAGAGAACGCACUUGAGCGGCUGAGAAGCGCGGCUAUUCUGAAACAUAAGGGCCGCAGUCAAGACCAAGAAGAGAAGCUUAACAAGAUACGCAGCUGGCUUUCGGCGCCUAAUCCGUCUACCAACUACCACAAAGCGCAUAAGCAGCGGCAGGCUAAGACCGGAGUCUGGUUGCUAGAGGGUGAGCAGUUCACGAGAUGGAAAGAGAGUGCAGCGUCGCGACUGUGGCUGUAUGGGAUCCCAGGAUGUGGAAAGACGAUCCUAAGCUCUACCAUCAUCGAGCAUCUGCUGCAGCACUGCUAUGAUGACACUAGCAUGGUGACGGCGUACUUCUACUUCGACUUCAACGAUACACAGAAACAGGAUCCAAAGCUUAUGCUGCGCUCGCUGCUAUACCAGCUCCUCCAGAGUUCGGUCGUGAUACCCAACCGGAAAGAGCGAGAUAUUGAGAGGUCUUUAGAGAGUUACGUUGGGGAAGAGGACACUAUCUGUCUUCAGAGGGACGUAGUGGACAAGGACAUACAACGAUACGUUCAACAAAGGCUGCGUGACGACAAGGGCUUAGCGAAAUGGAACAAGGACGCCGCUAUUAGGCAGGAGAUUGAAGCUGCACUAAUGAGCGGAGCUCGCGGGAUGUUCCGAUGGGCUGUGUGUCAGUUGGACACACUAGGAAAGUGCUGCAAUCGAGCGAUGCUGCGCAAAUCUCUUGCUAGUCUGCCGCGGACGCUAGACCAGACAUACGACCGCAUCCUCUCCACGAUAAGCGAGGAAUAUUCUAAGUAUGCGAUGCGCAUCCUGCAGUGGUUGACGUUCUCUGCGCGGCCGCUGUCUGUCGAAGAGAUCGCUGAAGUCGUCGCUAUUGACGUGGCGCGCGACCCCGCGUUCGACCGUGAUGAGGUGCUAGAAGACCCGCUAGAAGUGCUGGACAUCUGCUCUAGUCUAGUCACUAUCACGAAGAACGAAGCGGACGGAAGAUUAAGGCCUGCCCAACAGAUUAUCGCGCUAGCGCACUACUCAGUGCAGGAGUAUCUUGUGUCGGAUAGAAUCAGGCAGGGAGAGGAGCCUGCAUAUCUCAACUGGAUCCGGUUGCAUGAUCCAGACCGUACUUGGGAAGGGCCGAAUUUAGAGAGAAGUCUCGAUCGCGUGCCUAUGCCGCUUUACUACGCAACAAUGUUGGGGUUUAGUACAAUUACAAGACUGCUGCUCGACAAGGGCGCCGACGUCAACGCGCAGGGUGGACGCUUCGGCAACGCACUGCAGGCAGCUUCAUAUGGAGGCUACGAGCAGGUAGUCAAGGCGCUGCUCGACAACGGCGCCGACGUCAACGCCCAGGGUGGAGACUACAACAACGCACUGCAGGCAGCUUCAGUUAGAGGCCACGAGCAGGUAGUCAAGACGCUGCUCGACAAGGGUGCAGACGUCAACGCGCAGGGUGGACGCUUCGGCAACGCACUGCAGGCAGCUUCAUAUGGAGGCUACGAGCAGGUAGUCAAGACGCUGCUCGACAACGGCGCCGACGUCAACGCCCAGGGUGGAGACUACAACAACGCACUGCAGGCAGCUUCAGUUAGAGGCCACGAGCAGGUAGUCAAGAGGCUGCUCGACGCGGGCGCCGACGUUAACGCGCAGGGUGAAGAGUACAGCAAUGCGCUAUACGCAGCUUCAGCUAGAGGCCACGAGCAGGUAGUCAAGAGGCUGCUCGACGCGGGCGCCGACGUUAACGCGCAGGGUGAAGUCUACGACAAUGCACUCCAGGCAGCUUCACGAGGAGGCUACGAGCAGGUGGUCAAGAUGCUGCUCGACAAGGGCGCCGAGGUCAACGCGCAGGGUGGACGGUACGGCAACGCACUAUACAUAGCUUCAGCUAGAGGCCACGAGCAGGUAGUCAAGAUGCUGCUCGACAAGGGCGCCGACGUUAACGCCCAGGGCGGAGAGGACGGCAAUGCACUGCAGGCAGCUUCAUGGGAAGGCCACGAGCAGGUAGUCAAGACACUAAUCGACAAGGGCGCCGACGUCAACGCGCAGGGCGAAGAGUACAGCAAUGCACUAUACGCAGCUUCAGUUGAAGGCCACGAGCAGGUAGUCAAGAGGCUGCUCGACGCGGGCGCCGACGUUAACGCGCAGGGUGGAGGGUACGGCAACGCACUGCAGGCAGCUUCAGAAGGAGGCCACGAGCAGGUGGUUAAGAUGCUGCUCGAGGCAGGUGCGCAUCAACACCAGGAGAAUGAUCUUGCGUCAAUGCCUGAAUAA